GCUCGGGAAUCGCUCAGCUCGGUAUCGUUCACGGUAUCGACGUAUGGCUGAUUGACUCCGAUCCGAACGCUCUAGCCAGAGCCUCCAAAUCCAUCUCUUCCAAUAUCCAACGCUUAGUCUCCAAAGGGCUACUCUCUCAGGGAUUAUUGCAGCUGCCACCGCAAUCAGUGUGAAGACAACAAAUACAUUUGUGCACGCAGCAAACAGAGAGGCAGGACAUUUGUUCAUUACGAGGGUCGACAUUGAAUCUAUUGACUAAACUAAUUAAUUUUAAAGCAAGGUCCAAUCAUUGGAAUAAAAAUGGCUGCAGGCAGUAGUGCAUUGGGACGUUUAAGAUGUACAAAAAGCCUGGAAGAGCUUCAUUCAGCUGAUAUAAUUAUUGAAGCUAUUGCCGAAUAUGAAGAUGCGAAGAGAAAGUUAUUUCUUGAGCUAGAUGAGAUUGCGAAAAGUUCGGCCAUUUUGGCAUCUAAUACAAGCUCCAUCUCCAUUACUCGUCUAGCAUCUGUGACCGGUAGACCCCUCCAGGUGAUUGGCAUGCAUUUCAUGAAUCCUCCUCCUAUUAUGAAAUUGGUGGAGGUCAUACGCGGUGCGGACACAUCAGAUGAGACAUUUAAUGCAACAAAAGCCUUGGCUGAGAGGUUUGGCAAGACGGUUGUAUGCUCUCAGGAUUAUUCUGGCUUCAUAGUAAACCGGAUCCUUAUGCCGAUGAUAAAUGAAGCAUUUUUUACUCUCUAUACUGGUGUAGCAACGAAGGAAGACAUUGAUACUGGUAUGAAGCUAGGGACAAACCAUCCAAUGGGUCCCUUAGAGCUUGCUGAUUUCAUCGGAUUGGAUGUCUGCCUGUCCAUAAUGAAAGUUCUUCAUGCUGGCCUUGGAGACAGUAAAUAUGCACCCUGUCCUCUCCUUGUGCAAUACGUUGAUGCUGGUCGACUUGGAAGAAAACGUGGUAUCGGUGUGUAUGAAUAUCGUAAAGUGCCUGAACCAGUGAAGCCAUCACCUCGACUUUGAAACAUUUAGCACGGUGAGAAUAAUAAAAUUUUCAGCUUUAGGGCAUCUGUAAACAUGAACUAUGGCCUACCUCAGUCAAGUUGAUAAGAAUCGCAACAUGCUGCAAGCAGAUGAGGAGUGUAUCAGUAUGGACUUCUCGUUCUUGGGCAUUUGAGCUCUCCUAGACGUUCAAGGGACAUACCUAGUAAAUGACCUCUCAAUCGGUACGGACCCCGUGGUACCUUGUGGUUUUGGACCUAUAUUUGUUUAAUUGUAGUGAGGAUAAGAAAAGGGUGGUCACUUCCAGGGAGCCGGUCUUCCAAUUUCAUACAACAUGAAAAUUAGAUGAGAAUUCCUUCA